CAUGUCAGUAAGAAUUGCUGUACAUGUUCUUGAUCUCUGUAAUGACCAGCAAACAAAAUGUCUGUGGAAACACGUUUGGGUGAAUUUUGGAGAUACUAUUGAAAAGGAUUUGCAUCAUAGGAAUAUCAGUAUUUCAAGCGAUUAUGCAAGUUCUGACCCUAUGGCCAUUAGUUACGGAAGUGAUGAUAUUAGCACUACUGAUAUGCAAACACGUAUUAGAGGAACUUUUGUUGGAUUGAUUCAAGUCAAUAGUUUACAAAUCAGACCAAUAAUUGAACUUUCGAUGAAACAAGACCAGAUAGACGCUAUUUCUAAACAAUUCGCACAAGAUAAAGUGGGAAUUUAUAUUAAUGAUAAUUGCAAAAAUUCUGUGUGGGUUGUCGGACAUACACUGGUUUUAGACGAAGUUGUUAAAUGUUUAAAGGAAAAACUUCAUCCUUGUAGUAUAAGAACGAGUGCUUAUGCUAAACUUGACACGUUGAAAAGUUCACGAGAAAAGGAAGAAACACAGGUUUUCGUCCAACUAUCAGAAGAGGACCAAGCAAUUGUGUGGAUUUAUGACUUAUUAAAUUUAAAAAGUUUCAAGCAAGACAAUGUUGCCAUUAGUCAUCAUCAUUUCGGAUUAGAGAUAUUAGUUCCUGAUAUUAAUACAAAACAGAUAAUUGAGAAUGAGUUAAAGAGUACAAUAACAAAUGCCAACCUUGCUGUGUCCAAUAAGACGUAUUCAUUCAGUGAUUGUCUGUAUCAGUUGAUUCAAAGGGAUACUAUACAUGCAUUUCUGCAAUUUAGAUUACGGAAACAUAAAUGUGUAUGGUUUAAAAACAGUCAAAAUACUGUGACAUUGUAUGCAGAAAACCAAUCAAAAAUUAAUGUAGCAUACGGAGUGAUUAAAGGAUCGUUCAAGGUAGACAUCAUCGCUGUGCCGUCUCGUUUUUUUAGUAGCGAAAACGCGAUACAGAAAAUAACCAAUUUAGAAGAAAAGGCAAAUGGAAAACUGUUAAUCAAACUGAGCACAGACUUUUCAACAGUAAAUGUCUCACGAACGGAUGAUUACUGGUUCAAUCUAACUCAAAUUGAAUAUAUGUAUACAUCGAAGAGACUUUUAAUUCCAAAACAAAAACAGGAAACCAUGAAAAAGCUAUUAAGUUACUACAAAUCCUCCAUUGAGAAUCAAUUUUCAGUAAAUAUAUAUGAGCAAGACGACCCAUUAUGUAAAUGGACUGUUAAAGGAGAAGACUCAGCGGUUGAAGCUGCUUAUCAAGAACUGUUGAAACUACAACAAAUGCCUGGUCAAGACAAGACGUACAUUAUUGACGAUAAAGUAACAGAUUUGCAAUUAGGGGUGACGAACAUCGCAGAUAGCUGCUGGUGUUGUGUUUCUCUUUCAUCAGUUAAAGUACAUGUAGCGCCAUCAGAAUUACGCACAAAACCAGUUGACCUUAGACAACAUAUAAGAUGUCGAAGUAUAACAGUAGAUGAUGGUUUCACUGUGAAGCUUUAUAAGUGUAGUCUGCAAAAUAAAGAUUGGCUAGGACAGAAUACAUUAAUUUUGAAUGUUGGACAUAGUGCUGGUGGUGAUACAUCCACUAUCAAAUGUAUGGUAAAUGCAUUUCAACAGGACCAUGCUUGUAUAUGCCUACCUAUCUGGAAGAUAGCCAAACAAAAUGAUAACCUGCGUAAAUUGAUGACAGAAAUGACAGAUUAUUUUAAAUCAGCAAAACUACAAGGACAUACUGUUAUGUCGUUGGAUUUGACUUUAGUUGAAAAAGUUGGAUGGCCUGUCGUUCAAUUUCUAGGGGCUAUUUUAUUAUCUCUAAAUUGUAGCAGACCAACAUGUUUUCAGUUCUUUGCACCAUCAGACAACAUAUUUGAGCCAAGUUCCGAUAUUAUAAAUCAAUGGUGUCAGUUGAAAAAAGGAUCUUCGAAGCAAAAACUGAAGAUAAAUAUAGUGAAAGGCGAACUGGCCCUAAUGAAAUGUGACGUCCUUGUGAAUGCCACUAAUCGUGAAUUUGAUUUAUCAAGAGGAAUGGUUUCUAAGGCAUUACUAAAAGCUGCUGGUAUUGAACUACAGCAUGAUUGCAACAGUACCUUAAAAUGUAAACAGAUAGAGUUCUCUGAAGUAGUUGUAACAGGAGGAUACAAUUUAACAGCGAAAAAGAUUUUUCAUGGGGUUCUUCCAAGAUAUAAAUCAGAGAGCAGUAUGCAGCAGUUUGAAUAUUUUAUCAAGAAUUGCCUAAACACAGCAGUUGACUUAAACAUGAGAAGCAUCGCAUUUCCUGCACUUGGAACAGGAAAUCUUCUUUAUCCAUCAAACCUUGUGGCCUCUUCAAUGUUUCUGGUAGCGAACAAAUUUAUCUCUGCUUACAACGUUGGAUCUCUUACUGAAAUAAAUUUUGUCAUAUAUCCAGCGGAUAUAGGUGUAUUACAGGUAUUUGAAGCAGAAGAAAAACACAGAAAUAAAACAGUGGGUAAUAUGUUUGUUGAUUCUGUUGUUGCUUGUCCUGACUUUACAACAUGCACUGUGCAGGUAAUUGGUCCAAGUGAUGAAUUGAUACUCGACACUUUUAAACAGAUAGAAGAGUCAUUUAAUACGAAUGGAAUAACGGACGAGGGAGUUCAAACUAACAGAUUAGCCCAGCUGAUAGCAAAUGACAAGCAAGAUAGCAAAUAUCCUAAAGGUGAUAUACAAUAUCUACAGUAUCUUUUGAACGCAACAGAAGAUAUAAGUUCUGAUUCGUUUGAUAAAAGACAAAGCAUGGCUUAUAAUUCAUCAAACAAUUUUUCGAAGCCUGACACAUUAUGGAUCAAUGACAAAAAGUUACCAAUUCCUCAGUUGACACCAAUGGGAUCACCAAUCCUGUACAGACCAAAACAAGACUCAAUAGUCAUGAUUACAAAAGAAGGAGUUAAAGUAUUUGUGUAUAAGGCGGAUAUAUGUUAUCUAAGUAAGGUAGACUGCAUAGUACACCCAUUCAUAAGGAGAAUGUAUGAAAUCGAUGGUUUAACGAACAUUGUUGCAAGAGCUGGAGAACAAAUGAAAAAAGAAUGCUCACAGUUUGUCGCAAAACAUGGAGAUUUACGUGCAAAGCGUGUAUGGAUUACGACUGCUGGCAAUUUGACCAACUGCAAGAAAAUACUUCACGUAAAGGCACCUCUGCGGAAUGAAUAUUCGACAAUUGAUGCAUUUUCAGAAAGUAUUUCGGAAACAAUAAGGAUUUGUUUAUCUCGAGCCAACACCAAUGGUAUUACAUCAAUAGCUUUUUCACCCUUUACUUCACUAGGAUUAGAUAAAGCUUGUACAACAGAUAUGGUUAAAACAUACCCAGAAAGCGUUAUGAAAUACAGUACAGAAGCUGGCGUGAAAUCAAAUAUAAAAGAAAUACAUUUUGUUCAUACCGAUCAGUCAGAAGUAGAGGCGAUUCAUUCGGUAUUUUUGCAAACAAUUCCCGAUAGGUAUGAUAAUAAAUACAUCAAACAGAAAGAUAGAGCAACUGAACUUUUGGGAAAUGUAGAAAUGAAUGAAUUUAAUUACAAACCAAGCGAAAACCUUAUUGACGGGAUCAAGAACAUCAAAAUGUGUCGAUAUAGGCCUGGUUUAAUAUCAGGUGAUAUACAAUAUCAACAGUGUCGUGUGAAUGCAACUGAAGAUUUACGUGCUGAUUCGUUCAAUAAAAGUAAAAGCUUAGCUCCUGCGUCAAAGUAUUUGUUGCCGAAUGGCAGAUUACGCAUCAACGACAACAAGAUAAAGUCUUGUCAGUCCUCACUAAGGUCGACAAACCUCUACAGACCCAGACAAGACUCGGUUAUAAUGAUUACAAAAGAAGGAAUUAAUGUUUUUGUCUAUAAAGCAAAUAUAUGUUAUCUUCGAAAUGUAGACUGCAUAGUUAAUCCGUCAAGUAGUAAACUAAAUGAAACUGUUGGUUUAACGAACAUUAUUUUAGAAGCUGGAGAAAAAGUAAAAACAGAAUGCACACGAUACAUUCAAGAGUAUGGAUCAUUACGCGAAAAGUGUGUUUGCAUUACGACAGCUGGAAAUUUGACACACUACAAGAAAAUACUUCACGUAAUGGCAUCUGUACGGAAUGAAUAUGUGCCAAUUGAGCUAAUUUCCGAAAAUAUUUCGGCAGCAAUACAUGUUUGCUUGUCACAAGCCAACAUUGAUAAUAUGACCUCAAUAGCUCUGCCGCCACUUAUCACAUUAGGAUGUGAUACCGUUUGGAAUACAAGUAUAGUUAAGACAUACCUAGAAAGCGUUAUUAAAUACAGCGCAAAAGCUGGUUUGCGAUCAAGUAUUAAAGAAAUACAUUUUGUACAUACCGAUCAGUCAGAAGUGGAGGCGAUUCAUUCGGCUUUUUUACAAACAAUUCCCGAUAGCUACGCUGAUGAACACGUUAAAAGAAAAGAAAGAACAAGAGAAACUUUGAAAUAUGCAGAUAGAAAUGAGUUUCAGACAUUUCAGACUAACACGGAUACUUUACAAUUUCCAAUAAGCGGUACCAUAAGUGACAAGACUGGCAAAUGCAAAAUGUACCAAUCGAUGCCUGAUUUGUUUUCAGAUAGUUCCGAGAAUGUUCCGUCAAACUGGACAGGCAUGGAUGCUAAUGAUAUGAUUACAACAGUUAUUUUACAACCACAUGACCAGGAGUAUAAAGAUGUUGUAGACGAAUUUAAACAAACAUCUGGAAGACAUUACGACAUUAUCAAGGUUCAAAGAAUACAGAACAAAGCUUUGCAUCAACAAUACAUAUCCAGAAAGAAGCUAAUGGACUCUAUAAACCCCUCCUGCUUUAACAAUGAACGUAAACUAUGGCAUGGCACUACACUGGAAGCAGUCAAUGGUAUAAAUACCUAUGGUUUCAACAGAGGUUAUUGUGGAAAAAAUGCUGCUUCAUAUGGCAAUGGAGUAUACUUUGCAGUCAAUUCAUCAUAUUCUUCGAAGUCUCAAUACUCGACCCCUGAUAAUGACAACAUAAAAAGAAUAUAUCUGUGUAAAGUUCUCGUCGGGGAGUAUGCUAAAGGACAACAGGACAUGAGAGUUCCUCCACAAAAAUAUGGAGCGUCAGGAUCACAUAUUUUAUAUGAUAGCGUUGUUGACAAUCCCUCAUCACCAAGAAUAUUCGUCAUAUUUCACGAUGCUCAAGCUUAUCCUGAGUAUCUCAUUGUGUUUAGAUAAUCAAACAUUAUUGCAUUUGAUGUAAGAAUAAUAAGGCACAUCAAAUUUGGAACAGUAUCACUCUGCAUGUAUUAUAAUUGUGUGACAUAAGGCUAGAGACUUUAUAAGAGAUUGUUUGUUUAAUCAAGAAGUUAAUGUUACUGAGAAGUAUUUAGAAUCAGUUAAAAUUCAUAUACUUUUUUCAUAAUGGCUACUACAUCCAUGCCUGUUACAGCUUUGUAGAUAAUUAUAUAUAUUAUUUAAUCUAUCGUUAAAGAAAAUAAUACACGAAUUUUGUUUGCACAGAACUUAUUAGUACCAUAAGGUUUAUGAGAAUUGAAAUGUUAGAAAAUAUAAAAUAAUGUCCACUUAGUGAGAGAUUGUUUUGUUUCAAUAUUUUUGUCACUUGCAAAUUAUUGACGAUUUGCGAUAUUUUUAAAGAUUAAACUGUAAGCAAUUUGCACAUCAGACUUGUAUUCUUAGAUAUAUCUAUUUGACUUCAAUAAACAUUAC